ACACGCUCUCUAGCAGGAGGCUGCGGGAACCACCAUGGGAAAUCCCAGCAUCUCUCAUGGCUGACGGACGUCGGAGGUGCCCCCGCUCGACCCGCAUUGCGAAGAAGCCGCCUGUGCAAGGGCAGCGCUGGUGCAAGGUGAACUUCAGCUAUACCCCAGAGAAGGCAGAUGAGCUGCAGCUGAAAGCUGGGGAGCUGGUGCAGAUCCUGCAGGAGAUUGAGGAUGGCUGGUGGCUGGGCAGGAAGAACGGCCAGGUUGGUGCUUUCCCCUCCAACUUCGUCCAGGAGCUGGACCAGCUGCCCCCAGGGCUGGUGGCCUCGGAGCCCAUCCCAAAGAAUGGGGCUAGGAAGCAGAGGCCAAAGCUGACUGAUGAGACCUUCAUCAUAAAGGAGGCAGAGAAGCCAGAGCCCCCCAAGAAGUUGGAGAAGCCCAUCCCUGCAGCCCAGAGCCCCCUGCCAAGCCAGCCCCUGCAGCCGUACUGCGAGGCCGAGUACUGCAAGGCCAUGUUCGACUACGAGCCGGAGCUCCAGGACGAGCUGCAGCUGAAGAGAGGAAACGUCGUUUUGGUUCUCUGCAAGGAGACGGAGGAUGAGGGCUGGUGGGAAGGAGAAUGUGAUGGCAAGAGAGGCCUCUUCCCUGAUAACUUUGUGAUGCUGCUGCAGCCCCUGGUGCCAAAGAUCAAGGCGGUGGUGCCUGCGCGGAGCCAAGAGUCGAUCUUCAGGCCGGAGAAGAGAGUCUCCAGUGCCAGCAAAGCAGAGCUGCGGCCCCCCCACGAGCCCAAAGAGCCCAAGGUGCAGAAGAAGAUGGACCUGCCCAAGAUGAACCUCCCUGCCAGCAAGAAAGCAGCUCCAGCCCCUCCUGUCCCUGCCAAGACCAAGCUGGCCUCCAGCCUUGCCGGCAGGAAUGUCUCUGCCAUUGGCAGGCCCCCCUGCACCCCUAUGAACUGUGCCCCAGCCAGUGCGGAGAAGAGCAAGCCCAAGGACCCAGAUGCAAAUGGCUUCGAUGCCGUCCUGAUCUCCAAUGCCAAACUGAGCCACCCCACCACAACUCGUCCCAAAAUGCCAGGCAGGAAGCCGCCCAGCCAGCCAUCUGCUAGCUCUCCGCACGUGCAGGCACCUCUGGUCCCAGACAAGAGCAACAUCCAGGCCAGGAAGCUGCAGCCCCCAGAAAGCCUGGGGGACCCCCCCAAGGCAGAGGAGAAGCUGUCUCUGGAGGAACUGGUGGCCGAGCUCCGGUCCCUGCGGAUCCUGAUGGACCUGAUGAGAGUGCAGCACCAGAAGGACAUGGAGGAGCUCAAGACAGAAAUGAAGGAGGAGCAGGCCAAGCGCAUGGUGCUGGAGGUGGAAAUUGAGAGCAUGAAACAGAUGCCUGCCCUCAAAGGAGCAGGAGCAGCUGUGCGGGGCAGUGAAUCGGCGGAACUGCUGGCCACGCUGUGACGUCCACUGUGUAGAGGCCUCGCUCUGCAAACUCUGCCGGGAGCUGUUAAACUUGCAAGAGAAUCGCUGGCCAUUGAUUCCCCUUGGUGUCUGUCCACCCCAAGGCCAGAUCCCUGCCCUGGGGAGUGGGGAGAAGGCCCAGAGCCCCUCCAGCUCAUCUGCUGUGUCUGCUCCCUGGGCCCUCGGUGGGAGC